CAAAUAUAACCAUACGAAGCAAAAUUCUCCAUCACCCAGGCUUCAGGGCAAGGAGGAAAUCACUACAGUCCCUGGGUCACAAUUUUAAGAAAUAGACGACAGCAUGACUUCUUUGCCAGACAAGAUGUCUCUUCAGAUGAUACCAACCAUUAACAAUUCUUCUCUGAUUCAACCAGGAUUUUCUUUGAUGAACUUUGAUGGGCAAGUUUUCCUAUUUGGACAGAAGGGCUGGCCAAAGAGGUCCUGUCCUACUGGGGUUUUCCUUCUUGAUUUCAAAAAGGAUGAACUUAAACUGAAGCCGGCAUGCUUUUCCAAGGAUUCCUGCUACCUUCCUCCCCUACGAUAUCCUGCUAUCUGCACUAUCAAAGAGUCAGAGAAAUGCCAAUAUCUCAUCCAUGGAGGGAAAACACCAAACAAUGAACUUUCUGAUAAACUGUAUGUUAUAUGUCUGGCUAGCAAGAAUAACAAAAAAGUCACAUUUACAUGUACUGAAAAAGAAUUAGUUGGAGAGAUCCCUGAAGGCAGAUACGGCCAUACUAUUAAUGUGGUUCACAGUCUAGGCAAAAGUAUGAUAGUUAUAAUUGGGGGAAGAUCUUACAUAGCUCUUGGACAGAGGACAACUGAAAAAUGGAAUAGUGUGGUUGAUUGUAUGCCGCAUAUAUUUCUGGUUGACCCUGAAUUCGGAUGUUGUACUUCAUAUGCUCUCCCAGAACUUCAGAAUGGCUUUUCUUUUCAUCUCUCUCUUGUCCAAAAUGAUAUUAUCUAUAUCAUAGGAGGACAUUCCCUGGAAAAUAAUAUCAGACCUCCCAAUUUCUAUAAAAUAAAAAUUGAUCUUCCCUUAGGCAGUCCAGCUGUGAGCUGUGUAAUUUUGCCUGGAGGAAUCUCAAUCUCCAGUGCCAUCAUGACACAGACCAGAGAAAAGGAAUUUGUUGUUGUAGGAGGUUACCAUUCUGACAACCAGAAAAGGAUGAUCUGUAAUACUAUCAACCUAGAUGAUAACAAAAUAGAGAUAGUGGAAACAGAGACACCAGAAUGGACUCCAGAUAUCAAGCACUGCAAGAUAUGGUUUGGGAGUGAUAUGGGAAAUGGAUCCAUUUUAUUUGGUAUACCAGGAGACAAUAGGCAACUGACUUCAGAUGCAAACUAUUUCUACAUAUUAAAAUGUCAAGUAGAAAAUGAUCAGAGCUUAGAACAGAUGGCACAAGUAUGUAGUCAGAGCUCUACAGAAGAUGCUGGAGAGUCCACUCCUUUUGAAGAUUCAGAGGAGUUCACUUUCAGCUUUGACAUAGAUACGGACACCUGUAAUGAAGAUGAUAAUGAAAAUGAGGCUGAAUCGGGCUACUGGAUCACCUGCUGUGCAGAUUGUGAUGUUGACAUCAACACCUGGGUGCCCUUGUACUCCACAGAACUCAACAAACCAGCCAUGAUAUUUUGUUCAAAUGGUGAGGGCCACUGGGUCCAUGCUCAGUGUAUGGACUUGUCUGAAAAUAUGCUUAUUUAUUUGUCACAAGUAGAUAUCAAGUAUUUCUGCACUGAACAUAUCAGUUUGGCAAGGGGAUUGAAAACUCCCAAGGAAAUUCCUCCUAUAGAAAAGAAACCCAUGAAAGCAUUACGGAGAAAAAAGCCUAUGAAAAUGUUGAGUCCUGCAAAAAAGUCCUUUAUUCGUAAACUGUUUGAAUAGAAAUCACAGUCAUGAAUAAUAUUUUAGCGUGCAAAUCUUAGAUACCAAAUCAAAAACCACUGCUAACUUCAGCAGAUGUUAAAUUUCCAAAUAGUA